AUGUCGACCCCAAAGGCCCACCGCGGCGCCGAUGCCGACUCCGUAAACGAUCCUUCCCAGGGCUCCGGCUUCGACGGCACACCCUCCGGCGCGCCUCCCACCUACGCGACCUUCUCCCCCGUCACCCUCGCCGCAACCACCCCGAGCCGCUCCUCCCGCCAGUCCACCAUCAUCGUUCAUCAGAAGUCGCCCCUCCUCCUAGCGACGCCGCCGCAAAUCACCCGCGCAUUAGCAUACUCGCAUCCGUUUCUCCUACCCCUCAAUAAGCUUGCCGGGUUGUUGACAUGGACGACCGACGAUCCGUGGGAGAGCUUCCUCCUGCUGGCGUCCUUCUGGGCCAUCGUCCUCUAUGGCGACAUCGUCGUGCGCAUGGCGGGACCGAUUGUCGUUGUCCUGACUUUGAUACUGGGAAUGUAUGGCAGGCGCUUCAGUCCGCUGAGCAGUAGUGGGUGGACAGAGCCAGCUUCCAAGGAUCCCGGCGGCGCGCAGAAUACCGGAAGCACGGCCGGGGGCAAGGCACAGAAGUCGACGCCCAAGGGCAAUACAACCACGAACACGACCAAGGGUCAUCAACGGGGCGAGUCAGAGGCGACGAAUACAAGGCAUCAGAAGACACUGGACGAGAUUGUUGAGACCUUGAAGGAGUUCACUGGGCGAUGUAACCUCUUGCUCGAGCCACUCCUUGAAUUGACCGACUUCCUGAGUACGCAACGAACCCCUACGUCUGCGACGACACGACCAGCCUUGACGACGCUGUUCGUGCGGAUUUUGUUUUGCACGCCUGUCUGGAUGGCCCUGACGCUUCCACCACUACGAAUCAUCACGACUCGACGUGUGGCUCUGCUUUUCGGCACUCUGGUGCUGACAUGGCAUGCUAGAUUCUUGCGAGUCGCCCGGACGCUCUUAUGGCGGAGCGCCACGAUCCGGAGGACAGCAGCCUUGGUCACGGGCUUGACAUUUGAGAAGCCCGUCAAGGCUGUACCGGUCCAGAUCACCGCGGCAGAAAAUGGCAAAGUGCAGGCUAAGCCGGCAACAUCGGAGCUCACCAAGGCGUUGCGCAAGCAGUCCCACAGGCAUGGCAACAAUGCCACGAGCAAGGACGCGGGUGUCAAGUUCACCUUUAUUAUAUACGAGAACCAGCGACGGUGGGUCGGCCUCGGCUGGACACAGAGCAUGUUUGCCUACGAACGGUCGGCAUGGACUGAUGAACAUAAUAAUCCUGUGCCUUCACGAGAUACAUUUGAGCUGCCCGAAGUUGAAGAUGGUAGCAACAUGCGCUGGCGGUGGGUUGAAGCAAGCGAAUGGAGGGUAGACGGGGUUCCGGAUGACGGGACUGAACCUAUCGACUAUGACGGUGAACCUGGGAAGAAUGGAUGGAUCUACUACGACAAUAAGUGGCAAAACGGACGCCGCGGCUCCGACGGAUGGGGACGGUGGACACGACGGAGAAAGUGGUAUCGUGACGCCGAGCUGGUGGAGGUUUCGGAGGAUGAAAUGGCACACGAACUUGACGCCUCACAAGCACCGAGCUCAGCCCGGCCCGGCUCGCCCACAACAGGACCCCCGGGUCCCGCCUUGACGACGCAGAGGUACAGCACGCUCGAAGAAAAGAUGGUUUCCCCUACAUACCCCGCGCAAGACCUGACCCUAUCAGAUAAGGACCUGGAAAGAGAAAAGGACGACACUGCAUCAACUCUCUCGACGAGCUCCGGCGGACGAUCAUUCUUCAAAGCGCCGUCAUUACGACGGAAAGUGACGGAUAAGAGCGUCGCCAGCAAAGCCGACAAGGAGCAGGAUCGCAGUCGUAGAGCAAGUGAGGCCAAGAGCGAAGAGGAAGCUGCGGCGCUGGGAUUGAAGUUGAACCUCGCUUUACAGGGCAAGGAGGGCGGACAAUGGGGAAUCGGCGAUGAGGCCAGAAUGAGUUUGGAGUAA